CACCAACGAGCUUGUGGCCUUUCUGCCAACCCCUUUUAGCCGCCUCGCCAGUCGGGCUGCAAAUUGCCAAGCUGUGCCCGUUCCGUCGGGAGGCCCGCUAAAUAUACCGGAGCUUCUCCCACCUACAGGGUAGUAUCGUCUUUGCUAGUAUGCCCUGCCCUUGCGACAAAAAAGCGGACGUGUCGUCCCGUUGCGUCGUCUAUAACAGCACGACAGGUUCGCCUUCAAGGGCUUGAUUAAACCGCUGUGACCACGCGAAGAAAACCAAUACAGCACCCCGUGAACAUCGUCAACAGAGCUUUGCCAGGAAACACGCCCAUCAUGCGUUUCCAGCCAGCAAUCUUCACGGCGGCGCUUGCCGCCGUGGGCGUCGAGGCUAGGCCAAAGAACGGCGAGCUCUCGCGCCGCGCGUCGCCGACAAUCUACCUCGCGGGAGACAGCACUAUGGCCAAGACGGCGAGUCCGCUCAUGGGCUGGGGCGAGUACCUGGGCAAGUACGUCAGUGUGCCCGUGGUGAACAAGGCAAUAUCGGGGCGAUCGGCGCGGAGCUACUGGAAUGAGGGGCGGUUCACCGAGAUCGAAAAGCUGGUGGCGGCGGGAGACGUGGUGGUGAUCGAGUUUGGGCACAACGACGGCGGGUCGCCCAACUCGGCGUCGGACAACGGCCGCAGCGACUGCCCGGGCACCGCGCUCGACACGACGUGCAAGUCGGGCAAGACGGGCGAGACCGUGUAUACCUUCGCGUACUACGUCGAGGACGCCGCGCGCCGCUUCGUCGCCAAGGGCGCGCUCGUCGUCGUCAGCAGCCAGACGCCCAACAACAUGUGGGAGGGCGGGAAGUACGGCACGGGCGCGUCGAGGUUUGUCGAGUACGCCGCGCGCGCGGCUAAAGAUGUCGGCGCGCCUGGGGCGACGUUCGUCGAUCAUUUCCAGGCUGUUGCUGCGCUGUAUCUCAAGCUCGGCAACGCCAAGACCAACGCCCUCUACCCCAAGGACCAUACGCAUACCAGCCCUGAAGGCGCUGAUCUUGUCGCCCAGGCGUUUGUGCAGGCGAUCGCGGGCGACUUCAACGGCACCACGCCGCUGAAGCAGUACGUCAAGCUGCCGGCUCCGAGCGUGUUUUAG